UGGUCGAAUUGACGAAUUGGAGGCGUCGGAUUGAUGAGCGAUAUAUAUCCGUCCUCAGGUCACAAGCUCGGACGCUUUGCUGUUUGAUAACUCUGAUAAUAUUGUUUUAUUUUGUUUUUUUUAUCAUGGUUAAUAUGAAGUUAAGUGAACGCAGCCAAAUUGGACUCGAAUUCUUUGAGUAUUUGAAGGAGAGUAAUAAAGCGUCCAUCACAGACAGACUUGAACUAAGAGACAUUUACAACAACGAGUUCAGGAUCAGGAAUGCAGGAAACAAAGACCCAAACUUUGGUUCAAUCCUCUAUGCCCUGAAAGUGACUGGCAAAAUAACAAGACGAAGGGACACCAUUCGCUUUAACGCCAAGAUCAGAGCUCUUUAUGUGGACCAGUGGCACACACCCAGGAGCCAUCAGCCACAGGCCGUGCAGAAUGGAGUGGCCAGUCCCGGGCCAGUACAGACCUUCACCUCUCCAGAUGAAGCGGACACGGGAGUUCGAGCCCGCAGAAAACUGGCCAGUCUGCUAAUGGACAAACUGAGGACACAAAGGGCUCAGUUCAUUUCUGACAAACAUGGCGUCAGCAUCACCUCUGACCAUCAGAUUGAGAAUGGGAAACUUUGCUUGUGUGUGGAAAACACAUUUGAGUACACGAUAAUUCUGAAUGUGAAAAACACUGGAACAGAGCCUGUGUAUUUCACCUACUACACCCCACUGCACUGGCUCAAACACUUAACUCUGACGGAUGAACACAAAGUGACCAAAACAAACCCCCUGACACUCAAACCGGGUGACAGCUAUGAAAUCAAGGUUUUCUUCUGCUGCAGUAUGGUUGGUUUCUAUCCAUCUACACUGGCCUUUGAAUUCAAACCAGACCUGCAGCCCUCCUCCCCUGCUUUCCACAUUGUGCGCUUUAUUGAGGCUCAGUGUAUAACUUCCUUGGGACUGGAGCUGGCACCAAUAGCACCCUACAAACCUCAGUCCCUCCCUGCCUGGACACCUGAAGUUCAUUGCACGAUUGUGGAUGGGCAGCAACCUGAGGGGUUGUCAGUGAUGCGGCUUCAAAAUGUGGCUCAGCUACAGAGGUAUCCAGUACCACCGUAUAUGAACCAGCUCAUUCAGACUCUGAAGCAGUCUACGUACUUCUGCGAUAAAAGGACCUUGCUGGAAAGUCCCUUGAGCUGGGAGAACUACACUGAGAAGUUGCAGCUGCUGCUGUAUCUGGAAGAGCUUCAGAUGGAGGUGGACAUCAAGAAAUACAACAUCCCCAACGAUGAAAGAAAAGAGGCUGUCAUGUACAUAGACACGGUCAACAAGAAACUUCUCGUUCUGGAGGUACCUGGUGUGUCUGAGAACCGCCCGUCUGUGCUACGAGGAGAUCAGCUGCUGGCGUAUCCCAAAGGAGAGACAGGGGUGAAGUACCGCGGCUACGUCCACAGUGUGCAGCUGGACAGCGUCAAACUGGGCUUCAGCUCAAAAUUGCUGGAUCGCUUUGUAGACAACAUGAAGUUCUGUAUUGAGUUCACUGUCAACCGCCUGACUCUGCGUCUUCAGCACAGAGCAGCAGAACUGGCAACCAAAUGCGGACUGGGAGAGGUGUUGUUCCCUGCUGCACCUACCUGUCCCUCUCAACUAACGCUUCCCAAACUCAGGCUGUUUGACUGGCAGCUGGAGAAAAACCUGGAGCAGUAUCAAGCAGUACAGCACAUUGUAGCUGGCUCAUCCAAACCUGCCCCUUACCUGGUGUUUGGCCCACCUGGAACAGGCAAAACCGUGACUGUGGUUGAGGCCAUCAAACAGAUAGAGAAGACCCAGACCUCCUGCCACAUCCUGGCUUGCGCUCCUUCCAACAGCGCUGCUGAUCUGCUCUGCAAGAAGAUUCUGGAGCACGUGGAUGACCAUAAAGUGUACCGCAUGUACGCGAGCAGCCGGGACCCAAAAUGUAUCCCUGAAGAGCUAAAGGCAUGCUCUAACCUGGUAGGAGAGUGUUAUGUUUUUCCUCAAAAAGAGGAGCUGAUGGAGUAUAGGAUCAUGGUCACCACCCUGAUGACAGCUGGAAGGUUGGUCACAGGAGGCAUUCCUGAAGGACAUUACACUCACGUGUUUGUGGACGAGGCAGGGCAUGCUGUGGAGACUGAAUGUUUAAUCCCAUUGGCAGGGCUGCUCCAUCCAGAGACUGGUCAGGUGGUUUUGGCUGGAGACCCCAAGCAGCUUGGACCCAUUCUCAGAUCCCCUUUUGCUCUGAAAUAUGGCAUGGGAAUUUCCCUCUUGGAGCGCAUGAUGAACAAUUUCCCUCUGUAUCAAAAAGAAGAGGGCGUGUACAACAAUCACUUUGUCACCAAACUGCUGCGCAACUACAGGUCCCAUCCUGCCAUUCUGAACAUUCCCAACGAGAUGUUCUAUGAUGGAGAGCUGCUGUGUUAUGCAGAUGAAAUGUUGCGCAACUCCUACUGCGGAUGGGAAUAUCUCCCACAGAGGGACUUCCCACUGAUCUUCCAUGGGGUCACCGGUGUUGACGAGCGUGAGGCCAACAGUCCUUCAUUCUUCAACAUAGCAGAGGUGGAGGUGCUGAUGGACUAUGUGAAGAAACUGCUGCAGACGCAGGGCAAGAAGGGCCUGGCUACUAUCUCACCCAAAGACAUAGGCAUCAUCGCCCCCUACAGGAAACAGGUGCAGAAAAUCCGCAAGGCCCUGGAAAAAGUUGGGAAAGACUUCAAAUUUAAGGACAUGAAUGCGCUUAAGGUUGGUUCGGUGGAGGAGUUCCAAGGUCAGGAGAGGAGAGUCAUCCUGGUGUCUACAGUUCGGAGCAGCCCCAAUUACACAGAGAUAGACAAAAAGUUCCACCUGGGCUUUGUCAAGAAUGACAAGAGAUUCAAUGUGGCUGUGACUCGAGCCAAAGCCCUGCUAAUUGUUGUGGGAAACCCCAGAGUGCUGAAUGAAGAUACUACCUGGAAACGCUUCAUCAGCUACUGUAGCAAGGGAGGAGGCUACACUGGCUUUGUUCGUGCGGAGGAAGAUGAAGACGUGGUGAUGAGACUCUCUGCUCUCUACAUCACGAUUGAAGCUCAAGUGGAGACUGAAGAGAGCGUUGUUCAGCAGAUCCUGGACCCCGAGUGGAGGCACGACCUGUGAACAAAAGGAGAUCACAAACUUCCCUCCUUGUCACUUGAUGGGAUUCAUUUUGCUUUUAGCUCGGUAUAUCUCUCCACCAGAAACCUGAAAUAAAGGUUUAUAAAAAAAAUUCUACAAUGGAUUAAAUCACAAUCUCUGGAAAGGCCUCAUUGUAACCUUUCCACAUUAAAGGUAUGAAAAAUAACAUUCCAAAAUAUAUCUUGAAUAUCAGGUUAUUGCACUUUUAAUGUUUACUAUAGAAGCUUGACCAAUGACAAUGAAGGAAAGGGACGUGAUUCAUGUUUAAAGCAGACACUUUGUCUUUGACUACUUCAGUGGGCACCACAUUCCCUUGAAGCAGCUGCAAACACUGCUAUAAUCAAAAAAAGAAGGAUCAAUGUCUGUGUGUUUGUUAUUUAAAUCGUAGUUUUUAACUUGUCUCAAUCAUCGCUGGUCUUUUACAGUCAUGUAGUUUUAUGUUUCUUUGUUGAUGUGAUCUGAAAUAUCACAUUGACAUAAGUUUUCAGACCCUUUGCUACGGCACUUGAAAUGUGCCUAUUUCUCUUGAUCAUCUUUGAGACUUUUUUACAUGUUGAUGUUUCCACAAUGGAUGGUGAUACAUAUGAAUUAAGUAUCUAUUUUUGAAUCACAAUUUCUAAGUACAGCCAUUUUUAUUCAUUUUAACCAAAUGAAAAAUGUGUAUGGCCCAUUUUGUAUUUGCUUUGUUCUGAAUUAAAAAAUCUAAGGUCAAGGUGGA